GACUCGCGGUAAAAGAAAGGGUGCGCGCGGCUGGAAGCGCGCAUGCGCUGUGGCUAAUGCCGUAGUCUCCUUCAGGGCUGAGCCGUUCCGCGUGUCUUGCGCUCGGUGGAAAUGCCCAGCCGAGGGACGCGACCAGAGGACAGCUCUGUCCUGAUCCCCACCGACAAUUCGACCCCACACAAGGAGGAUCUUAGCAGCAAGAUUAAAGAACAAAAAAUUGUGGUGGAUGAGCUUUCUAACCUUAAGAAGAAUAGGAAAGUAUAUAGGCAACAACAGAACAGCAAUAUAUUCUUUCUUGCAGACCGAACAGAAAUGCUGUCUGAGAGCAAAAAUAUAUUGGAUGAACUGAAAAAAGAAUACCAAGAAAUAGAAAACUUAGACAAGACCAAAAUCAAGAAAUAGUCAACCUGAUUUCACAUAACAAUGUGUGGCAUUUGUUGUUCUGUAAACUUUUCUGCUGAGCAUUUCAGUCAAGAUUUAAAAGAGGACUUACUGUAUAAUCUUAAACAGCGGGGACCCAAUAGUAGUAAACAAUUGUUAAAGUCUGAUGUUAACUACCAGUGUUUAUUUUCUGCUCACGUCCUACACUUGAGGGGUGUUUUGACUACCCAGCCUGUGGAAGAUGAAAGAGGCAAUGUGUUUCUAUGGAAUGGAGAAAUUUUUAGUGGAAUAAAGGUUGAAGCUGAAGAGAAUGACA